AGAAUGGAGACACAUAAAAAAUGAAGUAUGCUAUUUGCGAUUAUUAUAAUUGAAAAGUGAAACGCUUCAAAUGGGAUCAAUCAGCAAUCAUAUCUUGAUUAACAGUGGAGACUCGUGGAAUGUGAAUAACGCAAUAAGGACUGUCAAGUGAGGGGACGAAUACAUCUACGUGCGCAUGCUUGAUAUCGCAUUAGUUUGUGAGCUGUUAUUAUGAAUAAGAACUUGGCAUUCAAGAGGUCACAGUCAUUCAGCAGCUGAAAUAAUUCAAUUGAAGAUUAGACGAUAAUAUGUGCGAAUAAAGAGAGAGUAUUUCAAACAUAGUGAGGCAUAAGAGAUGGCGCAAGCAGACACAACAAACGAGAGACUUCUGUCAUAUGUACACUUAAAAGUUGUCCGAGGAGUCUUAAGACGUUUGUUGGAACAUGCUGUUGCGAAGGAAAAUCCUGAGUGGACAAUAGAUCACUUUUUAUAUCACCACAUUCGUAGAAUUAACGAAGCAGUUAUUGGUCGCGAAAAUGAGCGGCACUUUUUUCCUGGCUUUCGUCAAAACGCCGAUGUUGACAAUUGGCCUCUGUUCCUGUUUUCCUUUCUUAUACUUCACAUAACUGAUUCUGGAACGCUUCCGGAGGACAUAAAGGAUAGUGUUCGCUCGUUGAAUCAAAGUAGAGUAGAACUUUAUUCUCGAAUUGUCGUAGGCGUAAGUGACGAAUACUUUGAUGAACAUGUCAUAAAUCUUCAACAAACCAUGCAUCAUAUAUGUGAGCGUAUACACGACGCUCAGUUGCGUGCCGAGACAGAAAGACAAAUAAGAAAUGCACGUGAACACGUGGGGAUUCCUGGCGGAAUUGAUUAUGUGCAAGUGUUUAAUGUAUGUCAAGAAACUGAGAAAACUUAUCGACAGAGGGUUACUGGAUUUACUCCAGAUCAAGAACGACUUCACGACUUCAUCCAACAGAACACACAGAUUGCCCAACACCAAACAGAACCAGCUCUACAAGAAGAAACGAAAGGACGGAUUGUCAGUAUAAGAGAUGAUCAUCACUUGGCUGAUCUUGAAGCAGCUCAAAGACAAGGUCAUGACCUUUACAAGCCGUUUUUGCCGCCACGAAACAAUCCUGAAAGAUACCCAAUAACUUUGCCAGCGAUCCCAAUAGAGAUUGAAAUCAGAGGUUGCAAACCUCCUCAAAACCAACGGAUUUCAGAAGUUAUUGUCAACACAAUCAACGGCAAUUGUGUUCCUGAUAUUUCCCAAGAAACGAGAGAAAUUAUUAAGACUGCAUUUAGUAAUGCAAUCUCAUCGUUUGGAGAAUAUCGUGCCCGUCAAGGGUGUAUUCAACUUCUUGUACGACCAAACACAAUCGAAGACGUCUUUAGUUUGUUUAACGAGUGCGUUAACGGUAACCUUAGUGAGAAACUGAAACAGGUUCAAGAUUUAUUACGCACUUUACCAGGUUGGGAGGAAUAUGAACAGGAGAUUGUGCUCUACAAGGAAAAUUACGACCUUGUUAUGGACAGCAUAGCAAAGCAACUUGUCCAUGAAAUCCAAUUACAAGGAUAUAGUUUCCCGCCAAAACGAAACAUUACAGUAAACGAGUCGGAGCAAGGUUCUAUCCUACUGAAUGUAGCAUGCUAUUCGCCAGAAGACCGGAAAGCGUUUACACAUGCUGUUCGGCAAGGGCAAUUGAAGCACACAUUAGAUGUUCUUGAACAAAAUUUAAAACGUAUAUGCGCCAACGUAUCUUUGAAUACAAGACUGAUUGACGAUACAGAUACAGAUGGUGUAAAGUCCAGAGUUAAACGACACAUAGACCUUGGUUUCAGAAUCCAACCAAAUGCAACGUCAAGAAGACGGCCACUAAAAUUGCUGAAGAACAUAGACGUUACCAUGUCAUCAGACGAGAAACUACCUUCUGUAACAGGCUUUGCUCUCAACAAAACAGGACUAGUUAUCGCUGCAGAUCUGGCCAACAAAUGUAUUAAAAUGAUUGAUGUCAAGUCCGGUAUAUGUAAAGGAAGAUCGUUAACAACAUGCUGCAAGCCAGUCUGUAGCAAAGAAUGUAUCAAAAAGCAUCAUCCAUGGGAUGCAACUUUCAUUGAUGAGGCUCAGGCAGUGGUUUCUGUUCCUGCAGCAGGAAAACUCUUCUUCGUCGACAACAAAAAUGACGAAUUAUCAGUUGUCAAAGAGAUGAACAAUCAAAGACAAUGUCGAGGACUUGCAUAUUGCCGCGGGCGUUUGUAUGUAACGUAUGGAUCACCGGAAAGCAAAGUAAGAAUAAUGAACACCGAUGGAACGGAUGUACAAACGUUCUCGAACGAAUCUUUCUCCGAGCCAUGGUAUAUCACAGUGAAUGCGACCGAUAAGGCAAUGUUUAUAACAGAAACAAUGAAAAAAUGUGUCAUCCAUCUGGAUAAAAACGGUAAUCCUGUACAAAAUAUCGAACUGAAGCAACUUUUAGAUGGUCCGAGAGGUAUUGCCCUAUUACACGGCUCACAUUUGCUCGUCUGUGCCUACAGAUAUACAAAAACUGAUGUACUCUAUGAGAUCAAUUUAGAAAGCGGCGAAAGCUGUGUAAUUGUUGACGAAGCUUUAAAUUGUCCAGAUGGAAUUCAGAUUGAUAGUGAAUCCGGUUAUGUGUUUGUCAGUAUGUGUGAAAAUAACAAACUCGCUAUGUACCAGUUGUAAAUUUCGAUCGUCUGAAAGUAAUGUUUUCAGCACACACGACACGCGACAAUUUAGCAUGUGUUAUAGUCGUAUGUGACACAAAUGACUACAGAUUGAAAAUAUAGUUAUCAUAUGCUUAUUAUAGCUUAAAUUAUAUAAAUACAAAUGCAUUUGAAAAUGAGAUUUCUUAUCAAAAGAAUAAAAUCCACUAAUACUUUUAUAAUACAUGCUUAUUGCUUACAAGGAUGGAAUCUAUUACAUCCUUACUAAUGUGGCCUUUAUAAGUUGGUCUUAUUUGCUUGUUAUAAAAUGAUGAAGACAUCGGAUGAAAUUUGCUUUUAGUGGAUUGCGUCAUUUUCGAAUUCAUGAUGCAGUCUAAAUGCAGUAGCCAAUACAGUCAUAGUUCAUUAGUGUUCGUUUAUUUAACACUGUUAAGAGUCUUAAUCUUCUUCAAAUCAAUAUAUAUGAAGUAUAAACCAAGGUUACGUUUGUCACAAUUAUCAUACACACAUACUUUAUUUCGCUUCCAAAUAUAAUGAUAAAUAGGAUGUAUUGAAUGUUCAUUGAUCACUUCAAUAUCGAAUGUAUUUCACUGUAUUUAAUGACAGAAAGAUUGUUUUUUCUUUGACUAAAUGAGUGAGCAAAAUAAUAUUUAAUUUAUUUUUAUGUCAACCUACGCAACAAAGUUUUGUAGGGUGGUUUUACAGCCCACAUUACGGCUUCUUCCCAGUAGUGCAUGUCGAUAAUGUGAAUAUUUAACUGAAUUAUGCUAUAUCUUAUCAUUAAAAGACGAGAUAUAGUUGAUCAUUGUUUAUUUAAAUAUAGUAUCAUAUCACUUAUAUUAAACGUAUCAUUAACAUUGUGUUUGCAAUAUUGCCAUUUUUGUAGGAUAAAAUGUACACGAGCAUAACACUUAAGAUAGUGGUUUUACUAGUAAAAUAAUGUUCAAUUUUGACUCAAUAAAGAAACUUUAUACGCGCCAAUACGACUCUUAACAUCGCCCAUCAUAAAAAACGGUUUUUGAGGAAUAGUUUCCUGCGUUUCAAUGGUCUGAUAUUGAUGGGAAAACUGCACUAUAGAACGAUACUGUUCCCGUGUAUGUGUUCUGUUUAAAAACCGUUUUCCUGCAUCAGUGAUUGUACGUUUGUGCAGGUGUGUCUUUUUUCUAUGUUUGUAUGACAAAAAUGUUUCUAAAAGAAUAUAUGCAUGCGCUGUGAAUUCUCAAUAGUUAAUAUGAAUUAGUCAUACACAAUUUUUAUGUUUUCAAAAUAACCA